GUACAUCUUUAUACUUUAUACAAACCCUUGCUCGUUUGUUCGUCGUGCCUCGUCGCGCCCAGGUAGUGCGACUUAAUAACUUUUAUUCAAUACCCCUACUUGUCGCCUUCGAUGAAUAAUAGACAUCACAUUUAAGCAAUCUAUCUAUGGGUUGAUUUGACUUACUGUGGUCCUCUAUCGAAGAGGACCAUGAAGCUACCACUACUAAUUCGCAUAUCUGCAGUGGCCAAGCGACGCGCGCGCCAUUGACGACAUGUAUAACCAAAAUAAAAUUGUGAGGAGAUUACUCGGCCGACAGAACCCAAAUACCCCUCAUGAUGGAAAUCUCGGUGUUACGAGCUCGCCCGUCCCACAAUCCUUCCGACCUAAUGCCUCUCAAGACGCGAUUUACUCUUCCGCAGCACCCGUAGCCUGCCUUGACAGGUCUCCCGAUGGCCAGACUGCUGUGUUGGGUGGUCGCCAUAUUCUCAAGACAAUUCACUUCGAUGGAUUGCAAAUUAAAGAGGGCUUCGACAUCCGCGCCGUUAUUGCGAAUAAAAGCAACGCUGCAAGUUUAGCAUCCGACCAACUAUCUAUAAAAGAUGUCAAAUUAGCAUCAAACCACGGCAGUGACCUAUGCAUAUUUACCGCUUGCGCAAAUGGGAAAAUAUUUAUGUAUGAUAUAAGUCGUUUGGGAUUAGGAGCUGGACUCGAGACUAUACAGAUUAGGGAGGACUCGCGACAGAUUAAUGUACUCGAUUUUAACCCCCAUCGAGGAACGUUGCUGUUGUCGGGAAGUCAAGAUGGGACCGUGCGCUGUUUUGAUGUGAAAGCACCGAUACCUAGUCGAACCGGCCCAACAUUCCGAACAGUCCAGGCUUUCCGCUGCAAUGCCGAUGGAGUUAGUGAUGUCAAGUGGUCGCCAAAAGAUGGUUUCGUUUUCGCUUGCGCUACGGAUUCCGGUGUCGUAUUGAAAUGGGAUAUUCGAAAGGCUUCUGCGCCGAUUCUAAAAAUUAAUGCUCAUGAUACUCAGAAGGGAGCUUCUUCGAUCUCAUGGCACGCCGAUGGUGACCAUUUAAUUAGCGCUGGGCUGGAUAGUAAAUGCUAUGUUUGGGAUUUGUCUGGAAAUGCUGGGAAGAGGCAAAAGCCCAAGUGGACGAUCAGCGCUCCGGCGCCAGUCACAUCUGUGGCUUGGAGGCCCGGUCUUUGGUCUGCUACUGCGCAAGGACGUCGAGCUGCCCAAGUUGCUGUGUCAUAUGGUGGAGGUGCACAUGCCAAAGAACACGGCAUUAGCUCGGUGCAUAUCUGGGAUCUAGCACGUCCAACAAUGCCUUAUAAGGAAAUCGACAUAUUCGAUAACGCACCUGGCGCUUUACUCUGGCACGAUCAGGAUUUACUAUGGACUGCUGGUCCCGAUGGUUUCUCUCAAUGCGAUAUUGCAUUCGCUCCGAGAGUUAUAGAUCGUCAGCCACUUUCAAAUCUUGCCUUUUCCUCUCGAGGAGAAGCGCUCAUGUUCCUUGAGGAAAGGAUAGAGUUAUCCCGACCCCGCCCGAUGAUUAUGGCGCAUCAAGGACUUCCUACCUCAUCGUAUAGCUCUAGUCCAACUGGCCAGAUGCUCAGCGUCAGUCGUAGUGAUUCGGAGGAGGACGUAAUUGGUAGCUUUCUCGGCACAAAACGCCGUGCAGCUGACAAGCGUCGAGCAAACCGCUCAACUACUAACUUGAGUACAACGCCUCCAUCCGGUACCGGCGCAGAAGAUCAAGUUCUUCCUUUAGAACAGGGGAUAAAGGUAACCGGACCAUUUAAACCUCAUCAGGUUAUGGCGAUUGGACCAAUUCCCGCUGCUCCGAAAACGCAUAUAUAUCGUUAUCUUUCCCGGCAGUACCUGGAAAUCCUUGAACAGGAACUGCCACAUUCUGAAGGAGGAGGACCUUUGAAUGGCAGGGUUACUAAGAUUAUUGAGCGAUAUGCACGGGCUUCAGAGAGUGCCAGCCAGUUUCGACUCGCACAGACAUGGCGUAUCCUAUCAUACGCUAUCAGUCUACUGCUUACUCGACGAUCUCAAUACCACUUAGAGCAGCGUUUAGUGCGUCGCGAGAAGUCAUACCUUAGCAUCGAUAAAGCUAUCCACGAUACCAAGUUAUCAUUCUCGAAAGCAGACAUAUCACCGCAACUCAAGACUAAUGGGGAGGACACCCCGAGGAAGCCGCCUUCUAUAACUUCCCUCGAGGGCCGCCAUUUAUCGAAAUCAUUACUUGCUGAUGAGAUAGACAGCGAAUCUAAUGUUCCAACGCCAUUAGCUCGACCUGUAAAGGAAGAUACUAAUCAUUAUCACGAUUACGUUGCCUCAAAAGUAUUGACCCCCGUCUUAGAGAUGGAGAGCUUCAACUUACCACCUGCUAUCUUACCGGAUAGUGUUAGUCCACGGAAGAGGACUAAUUCCAUAUCUCUCUCUACGCUGAGUCAUGAAAGCCAGAAAUCAAGUACGGAAGGAUACGAUUUCUAUGAUUUAGAUGCCAUCGGAAAUAUUCCGAAUGCGAUCGAUGUUCCAAGGGGAAAGAGUCCGCUGGUUCUUGACUAUGGACCGGGAUCUCCGAACAGACAACGAAAACCCAUAGCUAGGCAUGAUUCGGAAGAAAGCUACGCACAGAUAUUCUCUUUAUCAGACACCAGCAGACAAACUUCGAUUCUUACUAGUUCAUCAGGCGGCAGUGGCAGUCGAAUUUCUAGAAGAAAUGAUACAGAUCACGAGAGUUUUGGCGAUGUCGACACGGAGUACGGAAGUAGAAUUAGGGGUAAACGGAUCGAGGGAUCCCCCGAACAUACGAGAUAUGCAGUUAGGCAUCCUGUACAAAGGCAGGACUCCGAUACAUUGACGGAUGAUUAUAAAACCUCCCAGACGACUAGUGAUACUGUGGAUAGCGAGCCAUCACAUCAGCUUCACCAACGUCCUUCUCUGAGACAUUCAACUCCUGGGUUAGUUCUACAAACAAAACUCUUCCAACAAAAUUCCGUCACGGACCCACCGGAAGAUCAUCCAUCACCGCAUAUCACUGAGACGGAUUUUCUCCCUUGGGAGCAUGAUCCUCCUUACCCACACCCGAUAGCAGCCGAAACUAAAGCGAAAAUGCCUAUCCCGCCUAUAAAUCCAUAUGAUGUCCUAUCACGCGCCCUUGCAUUCGAGUCCAAACACUCGGCCUUGAACGCAUCCGCUAUGAUUCUUCUCCUGAAACCCCUCGUUCCUAACGACGUUAUCGAUUCAUACCAAGCGACGGCUAUUCUCCGACAACAUCAUAACCGUCUCAUGAAUUUGAAAUUGUUCAUCGAAGCCGCUCUCCUGCGUAAUCUUUGCGUCCGUGGUUGGCCAGAGGGUCUUGAUACCUGGGGCGAUAAUUACACGUCGGUUUUCACGCCUGCACAGGUUGGCGUGCAAGCAGUUUUUACGUGUUCGCAGUGUCACAAACCACGUGAGAUCGACCACUCACAGACAGAUGGCCCUGGUAUAUGGAAAUGCGAACGGUGCCGUGCCGUAAUGGCGCCCUGCGCGGUCUGCGGACACCGCGACGCGACGGCAGAUUCACCUCCGAUAGUACCCCUUUCCGAAGGCUUUACCAAAGCAGCAGCAUCCGAGAAAUUUAAUGAACCUAUGUUAUCAACGUGGUGGUACUGCCCCGGGUGUUCCCACGGGGGCCACGCGAACUGUCUGCAAGAUUGGCACGCACCCAUCACUCCACCCCCAAACCCCCCCUCUUCUACCACGAUAUCUCCUACGACUCCCCUCGAUGGUCCCUUCCCCGAGACUAAUAGCGAUGGAUGUUGUCCCUUCGAUGGCUGCGGCCACGCGUGUCUACCCGGUAAAUGGCGUAACGAAACAACAGCCGCCCGAUCCGAAGAACUAGGUCGCGCGGUGCGCGAGCAUACCCGUGGAAGUGUAUCAAUCGGUAGUUCUGGGGUUGGUAUUAAACGCGCGAAGGAGAGGAAGGGGAGUAGUGCUGCUACAUCCCUUGCUACGACGCCGUCUUCGACUGCGACGUUUAUACGCGGCGAUAGUAUUGAAGUGCCCCAGAGUAGGGCUGUGGAGAGUGUCCGGGAGGCGCUUUCUGGCGCCGCGGAGAUUAUUGGGGGGGUUGGGGGGAGUGGAAGUGGAGGGAGUAAUGGGUUGGGAGGUGGUGGGGGGUUGUUGGCGGGGAUUUUGAGCUCGAGUCCGGGACGUAGUGGGGGGGUUUCUGGGGGAGGAAGUGGGAGUGGGGUGCCGGAGCGGAGGAAGAGUGUUAAGUUUGCUGCGGGGGAGAGGGAGAGGGAGAGGAGGUGAAGAAUGCUGCUUAUGCUGCGUUAUAUGCGUGUCCUGGUAUAUAUGGGAUAAGCGGGCUACUACCGAGAACUACAGAGUUGAGGAUUGCGGAUUAUAAUCACAGAAUCGGGGGGCGGGACACCACAGUCGACAUGCUAUCACUGCUUAUACCCUAGCUUGGAAGACGCACGGGUAGAGGCCCGUUGUUUGGAUUAGUGUACUAUAUGAAUUAACCACGGGGUUGAGUAAUGUGGAUUAGAAUAGGGGAAGAUGGAGAUGAUUAGUCAUCCGGAAUAAGGGGCUAGUGUGCCUCAUGUUAGACGAAUGGAAACAUGCUUCAACGCUUGAAUAGC